AUGUCCGCCUCCUUCAAGAUCACCGACCUCCUCCCCCUCCCCAACUCCAACGUGCGCAUCCCGCGCCUGGGCUUCGGCGUCUACCGCUCGCCGACCGACCAGUGCGGGAAGUCGUGUCUGAAGGCAUUGGAGACAGGAUACCGACACAUCGACACAGCACAAUUCUACGCCAACGAAAAGGAAGUCGGCGAGGCCCUGCAGGCCAGCAAUAUCCCACGCGACCGGGUGUUCGUGACGACCAAGAUUCUCAGCCCCGCCGGCUCGGUCGACGCCAACUACGACAAGCUGCUGGCGAGCGUGCACAAGAUCGGGGGCGCGGAUGGCUACGUGGAUUUGUUCCUCAUUCACAGCUCCAAGUCUGGCCCCGAGGGCCGGAAGCAGAUGUGGCAGGCGCUGGAGAAGCUCUACGAGGAGGGGAAGGCGAAGAGUAUUGGGGUGAGCAACUUUGGGGUGCAGCAUAUCGAGGAGAUGCGGUCGUAUGCCAAGGUGUGGCCGCCGCAUGUGAAUCAGAUUGAGCUCCACCCGUGGUGCCAGCAGCGAACUAUCGAUGCAUACUGCAAGCAGAACGGAAUCAUCGUCGAGGCUUACUCGCCCAUCGUGCGCAAUUACAAAGCCAACGACCCGACGCUGGUCGAGAUCGCCAAGAAGUACGGUCAGUCCACGCAACAGGUCCUGAUCCGCUAUGCGCUGCAGAAGGGAUGGGUGCCGCUGCCCAAGACGGACAACCCGGACAGAAUUGUCUCCAACGCCGAAGUCUUCGGGUUUGAUAUCAGCAAGGAGGACAUGGCCGAAUUGGAUGCCCUCGAUCAGGGCAGCGCCGGUGCCAUUGUGGAGGCCGUGGUCAACGAGUGA